CCACAACAGCAGGCAGGUUUUACAGCAGCGACCUCAUACUCAUGUGAGGUGAAUAGUGUUUAUAACAAGUUAUUAUUUUCCUCUUUAUUCACAGGGUUAACCUGUUCGUGGGUAAAUAUAUAAAUAUAUUUACAUAUAUUUAAAAAAAAUGCUCGUUUGACAAAAAAGAGACGCGAUGUUCUGUGCCAAACUGACCAGCCGGCUAAUUCCGAGCGUCUUGAGGACGAUUCACCACGGAACCUGUCAUCCUUGCCUGUUCACCCUGUCAAACGGCUUCCUCCAAAACGAUGUAACAAGGAGUAUUGAAGGUUUUCAUUCUGCGUCUAGUGGUCGGAGAGGUGUCUGUUGUAUCCAGAGUUCAGUCCGUUCAUCUAUAAGACAACAAUUAACACCUCAUAUUGGAAGAAGGACUUUCAGUCUAUCAGCUGCUGCUAUUGUGAACUCAGCACCAUCCCAUGUCCAACCAUACCUCCGACUUAUGAGGCUGGACAAACCUAUUGGGACAUGGCUGCUUUACCUGCCGUGCACAUGGAGCAUCGCUCUGGCUUCAGAGCCUGGAUGCCUCCCAGAUCUGGGCAUGCUCACCCUGUUUGGAACAGGUGCUCUACUGAUGAGGGGAGCCGGCUGCACCAUCAACGACAUGUGGGAUAAAGACUUCGACAAACAAGUGGCAAGAACGGCCUCACGACCCAUUGCAUCAGGGGAGAUUUCCCGAUUGCAGGCACUUGUUUUCCUGGGUGGGCAGCUCUCUCUUGCACUCGGGGUUCUUUUGUGUCUCAACUAUUACAGCAUAGCUCUGGGUGCCUCUUCGUUAUGUCUCGUUAUCACCUACCCGCUGAUGAAAAGGAUCACUUAUUGGCCACAGCUUGUGUUGGGUCUCACUUUUAACUGGGGCGCUUUGCUCGGCUGGUCUGCUGUGAAGGGUUCCUGUGAUUGGUCCGUGUGCCUCCCGCUGUACCUCUCAGGAGUGAUGUGGACGAUGAUAUACGACACAAUAUAUGCUCAUCAGGAUAAAGAGGAUGACAUCAAGGUAGGAGUCAAAUCCACUGCACUGAAGUUCCAGGAGCAAACCAAACUUUGGCUGAGUGGUUUCACAGUGGCCAUGAUGUCAGGACUGGUGGUGGCCGGCGUCAAUGCUGAACAGACUUUUCCUUACUACUCUGCACUGACAGCUGUGGGCUUUCACCUGGUACACCAGAUUUACACAGUGGACAUCAGCAAAACGGAAGACUGCUGGAGGACAUUUAUUUCAAACAGAAACCUGGGACUCUUGUUGUUUUUUGGCAUUGUUGCAGGCAAUUUAUGGAAAAAAUCGAGAGAGACUCAGUUGCAAAAAGAAGAAGGAUUCAGAUAGGGAGCGUUAUAACUCUGUUGCCACCUUCACGAAUGCAUCGUCCGCCUCUGGCCUUAUUGCUUUGUUUUAGCCUAAAACAAUAAAUAUCUGGGUCUUU